AAUUGUCGCGGGCGUUGUGCCACGAGACUUGUGUGUAGCAAUUAGAUAACCGUAAUUAAUAGUUUGCUUGUCAGUUUCUCGGACUUUAUUUUCAGUCCAAGUCGCUGCCAGGCUCCCAAGUUUAUUAACAACAUUUGCUGGCCAAAUGAUUAGCAGGGAAGUUCCAAUCACCUGAAAACUACGUCCCCCUCCCUCUUCAAUUGUUUCACCAAACGUUUCUUCCGGCUCCUGCAUUUUUCUCUGCUCACAAACUAAUAUAUAACUGACCAUCCUCCAAUUCUUUUCAUCGGAAUCUGUCUUUGAAAAUGGCUUCGAUUUUGCUGGCUUUCGUUUUGUGUUCUCUCAGCUGUCAAGUAAUCUUUACCGGUGCACAGACACCGGCAGCUGCGCCGUCUACUUUGCUGGCCAAAGCACCGCCACCCACAACCACACCUGCUGCACCGGCUACCAUGCCGACUAAAACCCCACCACCUUCUACUGCACCAACUGCAGUAACACAACCGCCUGUAAAUGCAGUAACCCCACCAACUACCACACCUGCAUCACCUUCCCCUAAGGUAACACCAUCCAAAAGCCCAACAGUCUCACCCCUGCUACCCCAAAGUCCACCUGUGUCAACUCCAUCACAGCCACCAAAACUGCCGCCAUCACCACCUGUUUCGUCACCAGCAUUGCCACCUCCUGUAGCGGCACCACAUGUAUCUCCAACACCAGUUCAAGCCCCAGCUCCAGUUAAAUCCACACCCGCACCAGCACCAGCUAAGGUGGCACCAGUGCCCUCACCAUCAAAAGCAACCCCAGUACCAGCGCCAGCACCGGUUAUUGUGCCACCAGCUUCAGAACCAGUGCAAGCACCGUCACCUGCGCCUGCUCCACCCAAACACAAGAGGAAGCACAAGCACAAGCAUCAUCAUCAUAAUGCACCAGCACCUGCACCUACUGUACAAAGCCCCCCGGCACCACCUACAGUAACAGAUACAGAGGACGACACAACACCCGCACCAUCACCAAGUUUGGAUUUGAAUGGAGGAUAUGCACUGCACCAGAAAGGAGGGAUAUCAGGAUUGUGGGUUACAUCCGGAUUAGCAAUCACUAUACUGCUGGCAAUGACAAGCUAAAGUUCUUAUCAAUCUUAGACGUUGAACUAUGAAUUUAUUGGUACAUCAGCCGAAGAUUUUUUAAGAGACUAUCGCAAGAAGAUAAUAUUUUUUUUCAUAUGUAUAACCCUAGAUCCAAGCAUCAAUAAUACAACAGACGAGACAUCGAAAUUUAC